AAAUUAUUAAGUCUUCCAUACCCUAUCCAGAUGUCAAAAGAAGCAGCCCCUAGUGAUGCAGAGACGCAGGCUCUCUAUGGAGAGCUGAACAAGCAGGUAAAGAAUGGGGAGUUGGAGAAAGUUAUCAAAACUGCCAAUAAAAUCCUUCAGAAUCAUCAGGAUGAAGAAAAAGCCUUCAUCUGUAAGGUUGUUGCCAUGCUGCAGUUGGGGAAAUUCCAAGAUGCUUUAUCACAGCUCACCAAUACAAGAUACAAGAAGUUUGAAAAGAAUCUGGUUUUCGAGAAGGCAUACUGUCUCUAUCGACUGAAUCGAAAUUCAGAAGCGUUGAAUGUCAUCAGAGAAGGACCUGAGGGAGACAUGCAUCUGAAAGAGCUCAAUGCCCAAAUCAUGUAUCGUCUGGAGAGGUACCAGGAUUGCUUUGAGCUUUACAAGGACAUCAUCAAAAAUACCAUUGAUGACUAUCAGGAUGAAAGGGAAACCAACCUGGCUGCUGUUUUUACCAAUCUCAUAUACGAGGGCAAGGAUGCAGAGACAUCUGGGGUACGCAGUGAUACAUUUGAGUUGGCAUACAACACAGGCUGCAUUCUCCUUGCCCAAGGGAAGUUUCAGGAAGCAAAGAGCAUCCUGGAGAAAUCAGUUGAACUAUGCCAUAAGACUCUUGAGGAUGAUGGCCUGAGUCCAGAAGAGAUUGAAGAAGAAAUUGGCAUUAUCCGUGUACAGCUUGGCUAUUGUCUGCAAGUUUUGGAGAAGGAGAAAGAAGCCCUUGCUCUGUACAAUGCAGUACUGAAAGCAAAACCGCAAGAUGCUGUACUGACUGCUGUUGCCUCCAACAACAUAGUGGCAAUCCAUCGAGACCAAAAUGUGUUUGAUUCCAAGAAGAAAAUGAAGAUGGCCACCUUGGAGGGACUUGAGACCAAACUGACCAAGCGACAGCAAAAGGGCAUAUGCAUUAAUCAGUGCCUUCUCAGCCUAUAUGUGACACAGAUGGACCUAUUUAGCCAGCUAGUGGAGAAAUUGGAAAGGGAGUACCCAGAUCUGAGGGACCUGGUUGUAAUCCUUCGUGCCCUUGAAAAAGUUAAGGAGAAGAAAGACCGGAGGAUGGAGGCAUGCAAAGUGCUGGAGGGUCUGCCAAGGGAUACACUAUAUCAGCCAGGGAUAAUCUCAGCCCUGGUGACACUUUCCCUUUCUCUAGGGGACAGUCACAGAGCCUCCAACAUCCUUGCUGAUGCCGUUGCAUGGCACCGGAACUCCCCUGCAUCAUCAAAGGAUGCAGUGAAGCUGACUGCACUGUGGAGGCAGAGCGCUUCACUGCAUCUCAGAGAGGGACGCCCAGAACUGGCUGCAGAGAGCCUCACGCAGCUCUAUCAACUGUAUCCUGAUGAUGUACGCACCCUUGCACAACUCAUCACUGCGUAUGCUCAGUUCAAGCCAGAGAUGGUUGGUAAAUUGAGUGAGCGGCUCCCACCUCCACCACAGACAAGAGACCUGGACCAAGACCUGGACUCCCUCGAGGGAGUCACUUGGGCCCUUGGUGCAAAACUCCUCAAAAAGGGUGAUCUUCAGCCCCCUACCAUCAAGAAGACUGAGGAACUGUUGGAAAAGGGAAGACAGGAGAAGAAGAAGAAGAAGCGAAAGAAGCAUCUGCCCAAGGAUUAUGAUCCUAAUGUGGAUCCAGACCCUGAGCGAUGGUUGCCGAGGCGAGAACGUACUGGAUACCGUCGCAGGCGCGAUCGACGGGACCGAGAUCGGGACCGCAACGUGGGAAAGGGCACUCAGGGGGCCACCACUGAACAGGCUGACAAAUUGCAAGUGUCUUACCAGGACAUGAGCAAGCAGAAGGGGAAGAAUGCCGUAGGAGGAGAGAACGUUGGAGGUGGAAGUGGAAAACCAGCUCCUCCUGCGCCUCCUCCUUCAGGCAGCACGAGGAAGAAGGGUGCUGGCGGUGGAAAGAAGAAGGGGAAGCAUUGACCUUAUUGAAGAAGAAAGAAUGAAAUUUAAUAAAAUAUUUUCCUCCAUUUUGGUACA